UUCAGUGGGCUCUGAGGUGGCAGUAUCGCGUCUGAUGGCUCUGUCGCUCUGAAAGGAGGCACACUUCUCUUCACUUCUCCAUCGACAGCCUUUCGUCGUUAUAUAUCCCCUUCAUGAUGCGACUUAUGGGCUCCUACAGUCCGAUCUGAUAUUGAAAUAUGGACACUGCGGAUCUGUCAAACUCUCUUUUGAUCUCGUGCGAUGAUCACCAUGGCAAUGAUAAUUACGCGUCAGGAACACAGCGCGUCAUUUGCUGCGGUGUGUCGAGCGCGUGAGGGCGCGCUGUGUGUCAGAUAGUGACCAUCACUAUCUAGUGAGUGUGUGUCCAUACGAGUGCAGACGAGGAGAUGUCCAGGCGCGCCUGAACACAAGCGUCUCUGCCGUCGCGUAGCGGAGCUUCAGUGCCGUUCACGUGUUACGCAUCCCGUCGGUGGAAGCCCGGUGUGGAAGGGUGGUUCCGGAUUUUAAGGAAGUCCCCCGCCGUAUACAGAGAGACCACCCGGAUUCUGCCGAGGCAUGCCUCAACACGGAGAGGAGCGUCUUCCAGUUGCGUCGAUCCGGGUCUCGGAGAAGUGCAGUGGGCGGCUGCACAGACAGACUGAGCGCGCAGCGGCACAAUAAAGGCCUGGACAGCAGCCAGACACACACACACACACACACACACACACACACACACACACACAGGUACAAGACCUGACUUGAGUGUCUAUCUAUCUAUCUAUCUAUCUAUCUAUCUAUCUAUCUAUCUAUCUAUCUAUCUAUCUAUCUAUCUAUCUAUCUAUCUAUCUGGCUCAUACUGUGAGACUACCACAAACACAAAGCGUCUCAGUCUGAUAGACUCAAACUCACAGGAGUCACUAGUGUGUGAGAGCCGGUCAGGAUGCAGGUCUCAUUUGCUUGUACGGAGCACAAUCUGAAGAGCCGCAGUGAGGACCGGCUGUGCGGCCUGCGAAAUGCCCCUCCACCAGGGGGCAGCAACAGCGGCGGAGGAGGCAGUGGACAGGGGGGCAACGGCCACUACGCCCCUCACAGCCUGGUCAAGUCUCGGGACGUGGCGGGGUCCCGACCCCUGCCGCAAGGCCACGCCCACAUGAAGGAGGCUCUUGGGCGACACAGUAGCAUGAAAUACAGAAACCUCGGAAAGUCGGGUCUGCGUGUUUCUUGCUUGGGUCUUGGGACCUGGGUGACAUUUGGAUCUCAGAUCUCUGAUGAGAUGGCAGAGAGUGUGAUGACGGUAGCUUAUGAGAAUGGAGUCAAUCUGUUCGACACAGCUGAAGUGUACGCUUCAGGCAGGGCUGAAAUCACUCUAGGGAAUAUCAUCAAGAAGAAAGGCUGGAGACGGUCCAGUUAUGUAGUAACGACUAAGAUCUACUGGGGAGGACAGGCAGAGACAGAGAGAGGCCUGUCCAGGAAACACAUCAUAGAAGGUCUCAGAGGAUCCCUGUCUAGACUACAGCUGGAGUAUGUGGAUAUAGUCUUCGCCAACAGGAACGAUGUGAACAGCCCAAUGGAAGAGGUAGUACGUGCGAUGACAUUUGUUAUAAACCAGGGGAUGGCCAUGUACUGGGGCACGUCCCGCUGGAGCUCCAUGGAGAUCAUGGAGGCGUACUCUGUAGCGAGGCAGUUUAAUCUAAUCCCACCGGUGUGUGAGCAGGCCGAGUAUCACUAUUUCCAGAGGGACAAAGUGGAGGUGCAGCUGCCAGAGCUCUACCACAAGAUCGGUGUUGGAGCCAUGACCUGGUCUCCUCUGGCGUGUGGGCUGAUCACUGGGAAAUACAGUGACGGGGUUCCAGACUUCUCCAGAGCCGCAAUUAAAGGCUAUCAGUGGCUGAAGGAGCGAGUGUUCAGUGAAGAGGGACGCAGACAGCUGGCAAAAAUCAAAGAGCUCCAUCUGGUGGCUGACAGACUGGGCUGCACGGCGGCUCAGCUCGCCAUCGCGUGGUGCUUGCGUAGUGAAGGGGUCAGUUCUGUACUUCUUGGUGUCUCCAAUACAGACCAGCUUCUUGAGAACCUCGGAGCCCUGCGGGUGCUGUCUCAGAUGAAUCCUCAGACAGUGAGCGAGAUGGAUGCUCUCCUGGGCAACAAGCCUCACUCCAAGAAAGAGUCACGUGCGUGAGGAACCAGAGAGAUGACAUGAACAUGUGCAGCCGGAAAAGACAAAGAACGCAACGGGGAAAAGACGGCUUUCCUGACCUCCCGUAUAUUACAACACCUGCAUGCCUUCUGCAACAUGCUUCCAGCCCACACCACACUGCUCUCUGUCCCCCUGCUCAGAUAUCUGAACAUAACCUCUUAACUCAACACAGACACGGCUGCCUGCAACAUCACAGCGGUGAGGAAGUGCUGCUGAUUGAAGGAUGAAAGUGUCAAAAAGCUUGUUUAUUAGCCGGCCCAGACGGAAUCUGCAGCUUUAUCCGCUACGGAAAUUCCAAUGUGGAAUUCUGCGAAAUGGAUCAAAUGUGAUAAAUUGGAAAGUGCUACAUUGUUAUUUCCAGCUGGAAGAAUUAUCAGAUAUGCCAAAAUGUUUAUUAAAAGAACAUGUGUGGGAUGAAUGAUGUGUAGGACUUCCCGAAUCAUGAGCGUUCUGCGGAAACCUGCGCAGAUUCCACGUGGGCCUGGCCGUGCGUUCAAGAUCGUGUGUGCAUGCGGUGACACACUUUUUGAAUCAAACUCUCCGUUGCUGGCGUUGCACACGAGUGUCACAGAAGAUGUUUCUAAAAGCUGCCCGUCCCGUUUGCUGGGACGCUCACUGCCUACAGGAGCAACAUGCAGCAAACAGCAGUUUGGACACAUCACAAGUCUUCCUCCAUCUCCCUCGUUCCAUCUCUCCUCGUGUUUACAACAGUGCACCUGUCCCUUUAAGAGAAUCUGUGCAGUUAGUGGAGAGGCGUGUGAGUGUGGAUCCAGUCCCUUGCCAAUAUAUUCAGACCCUCACCAGUUCACUUAUAUAAAAACAACUCUUUUAGUCAAUAUUACUAUUACUGACAGACACCGAACUCUCAGUAAACUUAAACUGAUGCAGUGCAACAGACUGGAAAGACACCUCAAAUCAUGAGGCUUGUUUCCAAAUGAUUUAAUUACAAAAAAAGGGCAAGAAAAUCUAAUCUCAUAGCCACAUUUAGGACCAGAAUAUCAUUAACCAAACCAUAGCCAUGUCUUGAACUCAGUGGUAGUGGUCUUGAAAGACCGCAGUGGUAAAGGUCUUUUUAUUAAAAUAAAAUAAAAUAAUAUAUAUAUAUAUGUAAACAUGAAGGAUUUAACUGUAUUUGGAAAAGAAGGAGAACAUUACUCAAAUUAGUUAGCAAAUAAUAUUUUUGUUUUAAAUAAUGCACACAUUUAAUCUUAUUCAUAUGCCUAAUUUUGUCAAAAAUGCAAGAUAUUUAUCGUCUUGUCACAUUUGAUUAUGAAUUAUAUGAAUGUCCUAAAUUAAAUAUUUUCAAAUCAGCAACAUUUGACAGGUUGAGUAGCUUGCAUUGCUCUAUAUUGCUGUUGAUCAUGAAUAUUUCUGUUGUAGAAUGGCUGUCAAAUAUGAAAUGUUAAGCUGCUGACCUCCCACAUCUUCACUGUUAAAUCUGAAGCGCUGUGCUGGGUGACAAUAUGAUUUACAGUAAACCAUUCUUGAGCAGACAGAAUAUUAGAGUAGUCCCGCUUGCAUCACUGGAGAGAAUUCGUCAUUUUCACUGGAAGAUGAUCUUCUGAUUAAACAUUAACAGGUCAAAAUAAAUAAACAGAUAGAAAAUAAAUAUGCCGUAUGAAAUGAUCUAUAACAAGAUCUAUAUCAUGCAUUUAUUCCCAAUUUUCACAUUUUGUAGAGCAUUCCAUUUCAUGCACUAUUCAGACAUUUCUUCUUGCAAUUUAGUGUUUGUAACUUGAAAUUUGGACUUUUUUGUUCUCAGAAUUUUAAAAAAAGAAAAAAAAGCUAAAUUGUGAAACAAAAUGUCAAUAGAAAAAAAUAAGCUUCCAUCGACAGUUGUGUUAUAAGUAGGGUGCUUUUUUUAUUUUAUUUGUGUAUAAUUUAUUCUAAGAAUACUUUCUUAAUGUAAUAUAAGAUUAUUUUCUUAAUCUUAAAUCUAUAUAUAUCCUGUAUUGAAUUAGUGCGUUUGGGAAAAAUGAAAGAACCAAAAGGAAGUGCAGUCUGUUUGAGAAGUCUGUCUGGGCCUGAUACAACACAGACAGCUUGCUUGAAUAUUGGCAGGUGUUUGAAUAUAUUUAUUAUUAUCCUCAAGAUAGACACUUGACUUCUUUAUACGCAGGAUUAGUAGUUUACGAAGUGGAUGCUGGUCUGAAUACUUUUGCAAGGCAUCAUCAUUCGUGUGGGGCUUGGCUUCAGCGGUCAGCAUCCUUUGCACUAAGUGGACAGAGUCAUAAUUUAAAGAUCAUAGUUCACAAAUAGUCCUGAAGGUCAAAGGUUAACAUGACCAGAGAACUGUGCUAGUAUUGCUUGCGUGUUUGACAAAUACAAGCUGCGUCAGUGACAAUGAAAAGCGAAGCCCCAUAGACUUCUACUAUUGCAAGUGCAUUACUGUAAAAUGUUUUUUUUUUUUUUUUUUUUUUUUUUUUUUUACAAACUAAAUCAAAUUUUCUGCAGUAAAUGACAGCAUGCUAUUGAUCAAGCUUAAAGGAAUAGAUCACCCAAAACUGAUAAUUAGCUGAAAAGGCACUCGCCCUCAAGUUUUCUAUGAUGUUUGUUUCUUCAUCAGAACAGAUUUGGAGUAAUUUACAUUCCAUUUAACAUCAGUUUCUCAUCAAUGGAUGCUCUGCAGUGAAUGGGUGCCGUCAGAAUGAGAGUCCAAACAGCUGAUAAAAACAUCACAAUAAUCCACAGCACUCCAGUCCAUCAGUGAACAUCUGGAGAAGACAAAAGAUGUGUGUUUGUAAGAAACAAACACAAAAUCAUCACUGAGCUGAUGACAAUAAACCAAUUAGUGUUUAUUAACCAACUUCAAGCUAAUUUUCAUUUUGGUGAACUAUUCUUUUAACUCUACUGAACCAAGUCAAAAACAAGAAGACAAAAAGAUUUAGUUCAGCACAAUAAAUGGGCACAGACAGAAUUAAUCAUUUUAUAUUAAACUGAGAUCAGUUUUACAAUGUGUGUAAUAUGAGUUGCAUUGGAGAAACCAGACCUAGGUCAGCAGAGCUAGCAAGAUUCACUCUAUUUAUUACAAUUAGAAUCAGAUUUUAUGCUGUUGAACAUUUUCUGAAUGCUUUUUCUUUCCCCCAAAAUGCCAAGACUGCUAAGCUUUACUCUAUUAAACAGAGCAGGGGUUGGAGAGAAUUAUAAGCACUGACAGAUCUGAGAUCAGGUUUUUUUUUUUUUUUUUAGCAUCAAGCUGGUCCUGGCUCACUUAUUAAUGGGUUAACACAAGCCCCUUUAGUGGUAAUCCAAGUUCACUUCUGGUUGGUACUAAUGUCUCUUUGUAUUUAUAAUGUUCAGUGAUUUAUGUAAGUAUUGUACCGGAGUUGGCAAGUUGGAAAAGCAUCAGAAUGAUUGAUCUUUUUUAAUCAACAUAAUCAUUAGCAAGACUUUACUAUCAUUAGUUAACCUGAACUAAUGUAUAUAUAAAUUUAGUGCACUCCCUCAUAUGGUAAUUUUGCCUGAAUAUUUUAAAUUUACUGUCAUGCAACAAGAAUCAAAAAGCAAAAAAACUACAAAAAACAAGCCCUGUACUGAAUGUAUCUUGCUUGCCUUUAAAAGUGUGGAGAAAA